AUGUGUGGAAUUUUAGCGAUUUUAGGAUCAUCUGAAUCACCUCAACAAUUACGUAAGAAGGCAUUAUCAUUGUCUUCACGUAUUCGUCAUAGAGGACCAGAUUGGAACGGUGUAUUCUCCUCUGGUGAUUCUAUCCUCACUCAUGAACGUCUUGCCAUUGUCGAUCUCGAAAGUGGUGCUCAACCAUUAUUAAACGAAGAUGAAACCAUUGCCUUGACCGUCAACGGUGAAAUCUACAACCACAAAGCACUCAGAGAACUAUAUCUUUCAAGCGGAAAGCAUACAUUCAAGACUCAUAGUGAUUGUGAACCAAUUCUUCAUGCUUAUGAAGAAGAAGGUGACAACUUUGUAGAUUCUCUUAGUGGUGAUUUUGCAUUUGUAUUAUAUGAUACCAAGACCAAGAGUUAUUUAGCUGCUCGUGAUCCAAUUGGUGUUGUACCAUUAUAUAUUGGAUGGGGAAAAGAUGGAUCAACAUGGUUUGCAAGUGAAAUGAAAGCAUUGAAAGAUGAUUGUGUAAGAUUCCAAUCAUUCCCACCAGGUCAUUAUUAUUCAAGCAAGACCAAGGAAUUUAUUAGAUAUUAUAACCCCAAGUGGUUUGAUGAACAUGUACCAGAGUUCCAGACCGAAGCACAAGCAUUGGCAUUGAUCAAAGAGUCAUUUGAAAAGGCUGUUGUAUCGAGAAUGAUGUGUGAUGUUCCAUAUGGUGUGUUGUUGUCGGGUGGUCUCGACUCGUCGCUUGUAGCAUCGAUUGCAUCGCGUCACGCCGAGAAGCGUACAGAAGACAAUGAGCAAUCGCCUGCUUGGUGGCCACGUCUCCACAGCUUUUGCAUUGGGUUAAAGGACGCACCCGAUCUCGCCGCUGCUCGUGACGUUGCCAAGUACUUGGGUACUGCUCACCAUGAAUUCAACUUUACCGUACAGGAAGGUAUCGAUGCGCUACCCGACGUCAUUCGUCACCUCGAGACGUACGAUGUGACCACGAUCCGUGCCUCGACACCCAUGUAUUUCUUGUCGCGCAAGAUCAAGGCUAUGGGCGUCAAGAUGGUCUUGUCGGGCGAGGGCUCAGACGAGGUCUUUGGCGGCUACCUCUACUUCCACAACGCUCCCUCCAAGGAAGAGUUCCACAAGGAGUGUUGUCGACGUAUCAAGGCACUCCACAACUUUGAUUGUCUGCGUGCCAACAAGUCGACCAUGGCCUGGGGUGUCGAAGCUCGUGUGCCAUUCCUCGACAAGCACUUCCUCGAGACUGCCAUGGCAAUCGACCCAGUCCACAAGCUGUGUACCGAUCCCGAGGGCAAGAAGCGUAUGGAAAAGUAUAUCCUCAGAAAGGCCUUUGCUACCACUGGCGCCGAGAAGCCAUACCUCCCAGACUCUGUCCUCUGGAGACAAAAGGAACAAUUCUCUGACGGUGUCGGAUACAGCUGGAUCGACGGUCUCAGAGACCACGCCGAAUCUGAAGUCAGCGAUGAAGAAUUUGCCAAGUGUGACAUUUACUUCCCAGAUGACACCCCAGCCACCAAGGAAGCUUUCUUUUACCGUAGAAUCUUUGAACAAAUCUUCCCAGGUCAACAAUGUCGUGAGACUGUCGCCCACUGGGUUCCAACUUGGGGUGCCUCUUCUGAUCCUUCUGGUCGUGCUCAAAAGGUUCAUCUUCAAACUACCCUCUAA